AUGCACGAGGACGACGCUAUGUCAGACGAGCAGCUUGACUACGUCUUCAAGACGCAGCUUUUCCUGAUGCUGUUCUUUACGAUGAUGUACCGGUCCCUGGUGGAUUGGCCACCGACGCUGAACAGCCGCCUCGAUCACAUGAAGAUCAAACUGCCCAAGGCGAACCUGUGCUGGAAAACACGGGCCGCUACCCUGCACAGGGCGUUGCUGAACCGUUCCCUUGACUCGAUGAUCCAAUCGACGAAACGGAGACAGAUGAGCGAGCGCACAACGAAGAUGAUCCCCAGUUUGAUGGAUAUGAUGUCGUGUCCAGUGGAGAUCUCGCUGACCUUCUUGCUCAUUCACCUGGAGGUGCUGUGGCUCCGGAUUCCCCUACCGUUGUGGGCGGCCCCAAUGACGUCGCCAAUCUCUUCUGUGAUGGUCAGAUGGGUGCUCAUGAGCCUGUCCAUGCUGGUCAGGCGGAUUUGCCGCCUUCGCCACCUUUCUUCGAACUCGUCGGGGAUGGCGCUGGCUAGCUCGCAGCAG